AUGAGUCAAAUGUUUAGAUUUGCUACGCUUCUCGAUAAAUUUUAUAUGUUUAUAGGUACAAUAGCAGCAUUUGGUAAUGGUAUUGCUGUACCACUCAUGACCGUUAUCUUUUCAGGAUUUAUUGACAUCUUUUCAAGAUUCUCCUUGGCCUUAUCAAUUUAUAAUUCUACUCAAGAUGAAGCACAAUUUGUUAUAGCUAAAAAUGAAUUGGAUUCAGAUAUUCGUAGACAUGUUUAUUAUUUUUUGAUACUGGGUGCUUCGAUUUUUGUCGCUAGUUAUAUUCAAAUGGUUACUUGGUCUAUUGCCGGUGCAAAUCAAGCGAACGAAGUUCGUAGAUUAUAUUACUCAUCUCUAUUAAAACAAGACAUAGCAUAUUUUGAUAAUACACCAUCAGGGGAUAUAACAACACGCAUAUCAAAUGAUACUUAUACUUAUCAAGAAGGGAUAUCCGAAAAAGUGGGAUUUAUUUUACAAAAUGCUGCCACAUUUUUUGGUGGUUUCAUUAUCGCUUUCUUCAGAAGUUGGCAAUUAACGCUUGUAUUAUGUUCCAUAUUUCCUUUACUGAUUGCCGCUGGUGCUAUUAUGGCAAAAUCCGUUAGAGGUGGUACUUCAAAGGGUCAAGAUGCUUACGCAGCAGCAGGAUCAAUAGCAGAACAAGUCUUUUCUAACAUUCGCACAGUGUUAGCAUUUGGAGGACAACCACGCGAACUCGCUAGAUACUCUGAAAAAUUAGAAUUAGCGUACAAAUCGGGAAAAAGGAAGGCAAUAAUUAGUGGUUUUGGAUUAAGUUCGAUGAUGUUGAUUUUAUUUAGUUCUUAUUCCUUGGCAUUUUGGUACGGGAGUAAGCAAAUUUUAAGUGGAUCAAAAACCAGUGGUGAUAUUUUUGGUGCCUUCUUGGCCGUUAUAAUCGGAGCCUUUUCAAUUGGAAACGCAUCACCGUAUUUUGGUGACGUAGCUGCAGCGCUAGGAUCGGCAAAAAAUUUGUUUUCAACCAUAGAUCGUAAACCUUUGAUAGACGUAACCUCCACCUCCGGUCAAAAAAUAUUGCCUUCCUCUAAAUUUGAGGGACGCAUCGAGUUUAAAAACAUCUCAUUUCAUUACCCAUCUCGCCCUGAUGUACCGAUAUUAAAAGGUUUCUCAUUAACAAUCGAACCAAAUCAAACCGUAGCAUUAGUAGGUUCAAGUGGUAGUGGAAAAUCUACGAUAGUUGGAUUAUUAGAAAGGUUUUAUGAUCCCGUCGAAGGAGAGAUCCUGAUUGAUGGAGUAUCAAUAAAAGAAUGGAAUUUGAAAUUUCUUAGAGGACUUAUCGGAUUGGUUGGACAAGAGCCAGUUUUAUUUCCAAACACUAUUAGGCAAAAUAUUGCAUGGGGUAAAGUGUCGGAGGAUGGUCGACAAGUUGGUAUCGAAGAGAUUAUAGAAGUGUGUAAAAAGGCAAAUGCACAGGAAUUCAUUGAAGAUUUACCAAAGAAAUAUGAUACUUUAGUAGGGGAUAAAGGUGCAUUAUUGUCAGGAGGACAAAAACAAAGAAUUGCUAUUGCAAGGGCGCUUAUAAAAGAUCCACCGAUAUUAUUGUUGGAUGAAGCCACCUCUGCAUUAGAUACCGAUUCCGAAAGUCUUGUACAAGAUGCUUUGGACAAUGCAUCCUCUAAUAGGACUACAAUUGUCAUAGCUCAUAGGUUAUCUACCAUCAAAAAUGCCGAUAAAAUAAUCGUAAUGCAUAAGGGUGAAAUUAAAGAAGUAGGAAAACACGACGAAUUAAUUACUCAAAAGGGUGUUUAUUAUGGACUUGUACAGGCUCAAGCACUAAAAACUCGAAAGAAAAAAGAUACAAAGACGCCAUUUUCAAGGUUAUUUAACUUAAACAAACCAGAAUGGGUAUUAAUAACGAUCGGGGUAAUCUCAUCAGCAAUCGAUGGUACCAUUUUCCCAAUAUUCGCCACAAUAUUUUCAUCAUUAUUGGAUUCAUUAGCCAAAGUAGACCGUCCUGAUGAGCUAAAGCGUGAUGCAAACUUUUUCUCUGGAAUAUUUUUAAUUAUUGCAUCAAUCACCUUUUUAGCAGUACUUGCCAAAACUACUUCGUUUAAGUUAAGUUCAGAAAGAUUAACUAAACGUAUUAGAUUAAUGACGUUUGAUCAAUUAAUGAAACAAGAAGUGUCAUUUUAUGAUGAUGAAAAGAAUAGUGCUGGUAUUUUAACUGCUAGAUUGGCUGUUGAUGCUACAAAGAUUGAGGGACUUACAGGUUCGCUUAUGGGUAAUAUUAUACAAACUACAGUCACCAUUUGUGUUGGUCUGGGGCUCGCGUUUUCUUAUGGUUGGAAAUUAACCUUGGUUGUAAUAUCUGCGGCUCCUCUAAUUGGAAUUGCACAAUACGCUAAAUUAAAAUCUAUGGCCGGCUACGGUUCUAAGACUCUCAAAGCAUACGAAGGGACAGGACACAUAGUUCAUCAAAGUGUCUCUAAUAUUCGGACGAUCGCAUCUCUCUCAUUGGAAGAUACAUUCUACAAGUUAUAUCAUAAAUCAAUUUCAGAACCUCAUAAAAUUGCUGUAAAAGGAACUAUGAUUGCAGCAUUAGGGUUUGGACUCUCACAAGGAAUGAUAUAUUUCUUUUACUGCCUUACUUUCUGGUACGGAUCCGAAUUAAUUAAAAGUCAAGAAUAUACAAUAAAGAGAAUGUUCAGCGUAUUCUUUGUAAUAACUUUUACCUCAACCGCCGUUGGUCAAAUAAGUACUUUCGUACCAGAAAUAUCAAAAGCGAGGGUAGCAGCACUUUCGAUAUUUGAAUUACUUGAUAAAAAACCGAACACCUCUCCACCGGAUAGUAUAAAUGAUCGACCAACCCCAGUGACAGGAUCAUCUAAAUUCGAAGAUGUACAUUUCUCAUAUCCUGCACGCCCCACUUCAAAAAUUCUAAGAGGUCUUUCAAUGUCAAUACCUUCUAAUAAAACUAUAGCAUUAGUUGGUUCGAGUGGUAGUGGGAAAUCUACGGUAAUUUCACUACUUUUACGUUACUAUAAUGCCAAUUCUGGGGUCAUCCAUAUGGAAGAUGUUGAUAUCUUACAAUGGGAUUUGGAAUAUUUAAGAGAUAAUCUUUCUUUGGUUGGACAAGAACCUAUUUUAUUUGAUUUAACUAUCGGAGAAAAUAUAGCUUAUGGGAAAGAUGGAGCCACUCAGGAUGAAAUUGAAGCGUCUGCCAAACAGGCUAAUAUACACGAUUUUAUUGAAUCGCUGCCGGAAAGUUAUAAUACCAGAGUUGGUGAAAAAGGAGCACAAUUAAGUGGUGGACAAAAACAACGAAUUGCCAUUGCGAGAGCUUUAAUCAGGCGUCCUAAACUGUUAUUAUUGGAUGAGGCUACUUCUGCAUUAGAUUCCGAAUCCGAAAAGGUUGUGCAAGAUGCUCUUGAUAAUGCCGCUAAGGAUCGAACCACUUUAACGAUUGCCCAUCGAUUAUCCACUAUCCAAGAUUCUGAUUUAAUUUUGGUUUGUAAAAAAGGCAAAGUUGUUGAAUCUGGUAAACAUUUUGAUCUAGUUGCUAAAAAGGGGAUAUAUUUUGAUCUAGUUAACAAGCAAUCCCUUACAAAAAUUCACAAGUGA